CAUCCUUCGGGGAGCGUAGCUGGAACCAUGGGGGACUGCCUCCGCCGCCGCCUCUGCCUCGGCGGCACGCGCACCCUGCCGUUCGUGAGGAGGUUCACGCCCAAGGAGAUCGAGGCGGCCACGAAGGGCUUCACCGCGGUGCUCGAGGCCGCCGGGCAUUGCGGCGGCGGCGGCGGCGGCGGCGCGGCGUACCGGGCGCGCUUCGCCGGGGGCCUCGUCGCCACCGUCAGGCGCGCCGGCCCCCGGGACGGCCGCCGGCAGCAGGGUAGCGACGGGGACGGGAAGGCCGCCUUCUACCUGGAGCUGCAGCUGCUGGCGCGCCUCAACCACCGCCACGUCGUCCGGCUCCGCGGCUUCGCCGAGGGCCACCGCGCCAGGUUCCUGGUCUUCGACCACAUGGAGAACAGGAGCCUCAAGGAGUGCCUUCAUGAUCCUCUCAGGACGCCGUUGGACUGGCGGACCAGGCUGCAGGUCGCCAUUGACGUCGCAGCAGCACUGUUUCUGAACCUGGGAUGGUUUCAGGAAUACCUCUACUACUUCUGCGACCCCCCGGUGUUCCAUGUCACCGUCGACUCCGGCAACGUGCUCAUGGACGCCAACUUCGUCGCCAAGCUAUCAAACGUCGGCGUGGUCAGCGACGACUUGAAGCUCGCGACAACCGAAUCCUUCCAAGACCAGGUUGAGCAGAGGCGUGCGGGGCUGGUGUUCCAGUACGGCGUGCUGGUGCUGGAGCUGGUGACGGGGCAGUCGCCCGGCGGCGACGGCGAGCUCGUGCGGUGGGUGCAGGAGCCCGGGUUCGCCGGCUCCAUGCACAGGAUGGUGGACGCCGACCUCGGCGGCGUCUACGACGCCAGGGAGCUCCGGGACCUCGUCAACGUCGCGAGGCUGUGCACCAGGCACGAGCCCGGCGGCGGCGGCGAUGGCGCCGCCGUCUCCAUACCGCAGAUCGUCAGGUACUUGCAGGGAAAGGUCGAGCGGCUUGGGGGCAAGGCAAGGUGUGGAUGAUUCUUCGUGCAGGGGGGUUGAUGUCUGAUUGCUGCUACACCUCUCUGCGCAUCAUCUCUGUUUCUUCUUUCUUGGCGUUUCCUCGUAGAAAAGUGCGAGGUUUUUGUCCGAUGGUAUUCUGGUAUUUGUUCGUGUCAAUAGAAGCAACCAAGGUGACAGGUUUCGUGAAUGCUGAAAUUGUCCCUCCUACACCUUCUCGUAAAAAUGAAUGUUGAAAUGGAAAGAACAUGUGGUUUUUGUUCUGAACUUUUCAAGAAUGUUGUGAAUGUUGUGACAGAACAGAGAUUUAUGGCAGGUUUGUACUGGGAGAACAAAAGUUCCAGUUUUUUUUA